GCAUAGCCAUUACAAGGAUGUUGGUAACAUAAGCGAAAAAAAUAAAAACACUGUGUGCUACGGGACCACAUCGGACUCGAACAACUUCCAGGAAAGUAUGAGCAUUGGGUGCUUUCCUCUUUAACUCAAUUGCCAAAACUGUGAAUAACAAUAUUUGAACACAAGCACCAGAAGCAUACCAGAAUGCUCCUGAAACACCGUAUUGGUAAGUUUUUUGAGCACUUGUGAGUAAUGUUGAUGCCCACGUCCAGCUACUCACAACAGCACUAGCGACUAAACCAGUUUUAACACUAUGUGAAGCAGUGUUAAAGUGUUCAGAUGUUUGGUUUUCUCUGUUGUAUUUUUUAAGAACCCAUGAAACAGAUAUCAUCAAUACAGUGAAACCCAAUCCGAGACCAACGACUAUGCCAUAUCCGACACUUGCAGAGAGCGUUGGCUGUACCAUGCUAGACGUUUACUAAUCUCCUGUUUUUAAUUAGUUUCAAGUAGAAAACAACCAACUUGAAACAAACAUCCUAGCAAUAUAAAGUCAAUAUUUCUUUAUGCGUAUGAUAAGAGACUCCGAGAUAGCGCUUGUUUUCAGGAUGCGAUUCACAUCUUGAUCCUUAGCCUCGAGCUAUUUCAUUCUCACUUUAUUAAUAAUCCAUUCAAAAUCAGUCAAUCAUUUAUACUUGUUUUAAUCUAAUUUUGACUGAUACUCAAGAUAUACAAAGAGUAAGUCCUAAAUGUUACAUGACUAGAGCAAACAACUCAAUUAUACAGUUGCUAGGCUCACAAUUCAUGACCACCAUUAAACACAUAAGUCAUAAUUAAGAGAUAUUCUUCAACGUUUUAGGACUACACAAACAAUUGAAGUCUCUAGACCUUUAAUUCAUGAGAAAUAUUCGUUUAUUUAAACUGAGAGGUACCUAUUGACGUGCUGCUAGAAAACCUUGAAUGCAUAAAUUUCAGUUUUUUGGUUUUUUUAAAAUGGAUUUCCCAGCGGAAGCUGAUAGAGAUCUCAUUGACUCUUUUUUUUGGAACAAUGAAGUCUCCGAUGGUCUACGGCAGCAGAUGAUGGAUAUACAGAAACAUCAUUCUUACAAUAAAAGGCUCUGGGAUGAGAUCAACCGAAUGAGAUUAGAAUUGGACGAAACCAGAAAGCUUUUGAAAACGCAAGAAAGUCAAAUGCAACUUGAUUAUGAAGAAUAUGAAAAGGAACUAGACAUCCUCCGAACGAAACUGGAGGACUUUUCGAGUGAAAAACUCGAAAGCCGCAUCUCCUUAAAACUAAAACAGCAUCAGGAUGCACUUAGUUUACUGAGAAAAAAAUUAACAAGCCAAGAGAUAUCAGCUUCUGACUAUGCUUCAUCGGUGUUACAAAGUCUGAAUCACUGAAUACAAAUGAAUGCUACUUUUGAAAUUGAAACUGAUAACUAAGAAAUGUUAACUAAAAGGAUAUUACAAACACCUGGCAUUUGAGUUGAAGUUAUUCUUUAAUGCUCCUCCUCUCUCCUAACAUCAGAGACUUUAAGAUUGCAUUAUGAACCCAAAGUAAACCGAAUUUUCACUACAAAUAUAAUAUAUACUUAUUUACACUUUUACAUAUGUUCAUUCUCUUGAAAGUACAGCUAAACAAAAGCAUUUAUUUAUUUGAAAGAACUGCCUAAUCAAAGAGACCGAAGCCCAUCUAUUAAUGUUAGUAUUUUUAAUAUACCAAGCUAUACUUACAUCCUCGUCGGAUUCUUCCUCAGCAGGAGCCUCUGGCUUGGCUUCUUCUGUGGCGGAAGCACCGGGUGCGCCAGCAGCAGGAGCAGCAGCAGCAGCACCACCUCCAGAAGGAACAGUAGCGAGCUUCUCGUUACCAGCAGCAAUCAACUCUUCCAAGUUUUUGCCUUCAAGUUCCUUGAGCAAACAUUCAACACGUUCUUUCUCAGCUUCAAUGCCCACAGUGGACAAGACAGUUUCAACGUCGCUAGCUGAUGGCGAUUGCUUUCCACCAACAGUAAGAAGUAAGUAGGCAGCGAGAUAUUUCAUAAUUAUUAUUUAUCGGAACAAAAUCAGUUUAAGCAAAGCAAGAUAUCUUUGCAGAAAUUGUCUCCGGGUCUGAAGAAUUGGUUUCCAUUGCAUAUAUAUAUGAAAAUUUUACAAGUCAAACCCUACCCUACUCAUAAUUAAAGUGUCAAUUAAGUUUUUUGAAACUCGGAAUUAUUUAACGUAGGUUAACAUAACGGCUUCAAAUAUUCAUUUCAUUAUUUACUUUUACG